AUGACCUCGAAUGUAGUGCCUGUGGUUCGAAACACUCGAUAGCCGAAGAAAGACCUCUCCACCUUUUUGUCGAGGUGUGAAACCCGCGGCUUGACUUGUGCACACCUCCGCUUCCAUUGACUGUGUUUCUUCCUCAAUUUCAGGUUUUCCUAACCAGCUCCCUCCGAUCAUAUCCAUCGCAGCCUUGUUUGCGUUUGCCGACCCUCCAGAGAAAGAGUACACAAUCGUGGCUUAGACGCCAGGCGAACUCCAACAAAGCAGAAGAGAACAAUGCCUGACUUUGCCUCGCACGACUACUGGGACACUCGAUUCACAAAAGACCGCACCCCUUUCGACUGGCUGAUCCCAGCCACUGCUCUUCGCGAUGUCGCAACAGAUGUGGUCGAUGAUGCCGACGCACUACACAAUGCCCAAGUACUGCACAUUGGAUGCGGCACUUCAGAUGCCUCUAUCCUCCGCGAUAUGGUCGAGAAUCCCGCCCAGGUCCACAAUAUUGACUUCUCGUCGGCGGCGAUCGAAGCUGCUUCGGAGCGGGAGACGAAUAUUCUAUCCAAAUCCAAGGCUCCCGAUGUGACGAACGUUUCCCAGGACCAGGAACAAUGGGUGCAAUCGAAAUUGACAAACAUGCGAUGGUCGUGCAUGGAUCUGCUGUCUCUAGACUCGACUCUUGACCUUUUACAGCGUCAAGAGGAGGAGGCCGGCCGUUUGUUUGAUCUGGUAUUGGACAAAUCUACAAGCGAUAGCAUCUCUUGUGGUGCCAACAGACUCAUUUAUUUACCCUAUCCACUCUCCCCCAACGGCUGGACAAGGCGAAUCCUCCAAGGUGGUGCACAUCACUCCGCGGAAGUCCACCCGCUGCACGUACUGGCUGUACAUCUAGCGGCGUUGACUACACCAAAGAGUGGGAGGUGGGUCGUGAUCUCGUACAGCGAGGAUCGAUUUCCGUUCCUACCUCCGUUGCCUCACAGUGCUUCCACCGGUCUGCUGGACGACUCUACAAUCCAAGCGGGCUUCACUCACCCGAAUCAGUUGUGGACUCUGGAAACAAAGGAGAAAAUCGACCUGGAUGCGAACCGAGACGAGACCCUGGCGCAGCGACGUAAGCGACUGUCAGCUGGCGUUGUGCAUCGACCAAAGAUCACACAUUGGCUGUACGUGUUGCGAAGGACGGAAGCUCUGGUCACUGACUGAAGCUUGAGAGGCGAGAAAUAUCGACAGACGCUGGCUGAAUCGCUAUCACUUAUUAAUGCAACACAUUCAAUCUGACUCCGGACGGCCCAUCUCUUCGGGUCGAAAUCACCAGUGCUGAUGGAGUACAAGCAAGAGCCAAUUCCGCGGCUAGUAUAGGGCCUCCUACCUCGGGCCACUGUCCAAAAGGCCAUGCGCCGUGCGGCGUAAAGAUACACCAUCUUCUGGUACUUUGGUAGUACAGGGGUGUUCAAGGCCUGCUCCCUCACUCUGCUCCUGCAUCGGCAGAAUUGCUGCCUGACUGUUCGCUGUUCGAUGGCGCCGAAAAGUAUUUCCUGUAAAGCUGUUAGUCUUUGUUCGAAGUCGCAGUCUUGAACAACAUACGGUACAAUCUCUUCAUAUGCAGUCUGGUCCUUCUGCAUGAACUGAC